AUGGUUGGCUGCCGUGCUUUGGAGCUGCUGGGACUGGAAUGUACCGAAAGAGUGUCCCACUGCCUCCGGUUCCUCCAGCUCCAGAUGGGACUACGCGACUCCACCCGCAAACUCCUGCGCAAACUCAGCGGACGCGACGUCAAGCAAGAAGAGGCCGAGCAGCUGCAGCCCGUGGCGCUUGCAGGCGCGAGCAAACGCUCGACCACGCGCUCGGAGCUCUGCAGUUCCUUUGCCACGACGAGCGUCAGUCGGGAAGAACUCGAAGGAAGACGGAAAGCCAAGAGUGACGGCAGUGCCAAUUGGGCCCAGUGUGGCAUGUGCACGCGCAGCUUCGUGGUCGGCACGAGUCGCUACGUGGGCUUUUGCUCGCUCGACUGCAAGUCGGCAGCACUCUAUAGUCAGUCAGCUCGCGUCUACCGAAGACGGUACCGCAACGUGUGA